AGGCCUCUGCUUGGGGUUGGGGUGGGGGGGCGUGAUCCAGGGCCCAGCCAUGCCCCCCAGGCUGGAGAAGGUGGCCAACGUCGCCCUUCGCGUGCCCAGCAUUGUUCUCCUGGACUUGCUCUACCGGUGGGACGUGCAGGCCUUUGCUGAUCUGCUGCGCCCCCGGGCCGAAGACACCUACCUGCGGAGACAUCACCUGUGGAAUGUCUACUAUGCAGGGCAUCUGGUAUGUGUGGUGGUUUUGCUGCUGCCGGUCCGAUACCUCGUGAAGUUGUACCUCUACAUCCUGACGAUAUUACUGCUUUACGUUAGUCACCAGACCACCCGGGACUACAUCCGUCACGAAAUGGAUCGCGAAUUCCAUGGGGCCGUGUACAACGAUCCCGUGGCGCGGAGCCGCUUUGCCACCGUGCUCACAGGCCAGGUCAUCGUCGUCACCCUCUGUGCCCUGCUGCUGAAGACCAAGCGGGUGUGGCUCUUCUGCGCGCCGCUCCUUCCCUUGGCUGCCCGGCUGUGCUGCCUCCCGCUCCGAGCUCUGCCCACCGUCAACACCUUCGCCGCAGUCCUUACCGCCCUGGAGGCGCUCUACGUCGCCGCGUCUUGCUUGUCGCUGCCUUUCCAUUUGGUCGCUGCAGCCUGCAGGGAGAUCACUCAGGUGCUGGAGGUGUAUCGGCUGGUCACUCUAGGGGUGUCCCUCUGGCGGCAGCUGGCCGUCCCGCUCUUGUUCCUGGUCUUCUGGCUGGCACUGUUCACCCUACAAAUCUACGCCUUCGCCUCUUCUUCCUCUGGCAGUCUUUUGUCCCAGCAAGGCCUGAUCUUCAUCUUCCUCAGCAGUGUGGCUGAAUGCUGCAGCACGCCCUACUCCCUCGUCGGACUGACGUUCACCGUCUCCUACCUGGCCCUGGGACUACUCAAACUUUGCAAGUUCUACCUGGCAGGCUACGGUGCGUUCCAGAAUGGCAAUGUCAUGCACAGGGGCGUGACGGAGGGCGUGACCUUGCUGCUGCUCGCCCUCCAAACAGGCCUGCUGGACUUGCAGCUCCUCCAGAGGACGUUCCUGCUCAGCAUCAUCCUCUUCAUCGUGGUGACCUCCACCCUGCAGUCCAUGAUCGAAAUAGCCGACCCCAUCGUCCUGGGGCUGGGGGCUUCGCGGAACAGGAGUUUCUGGAAGCACUUCCGCGGGGUCAGCAUGUGCCUCUUCCUCCUGGUCUUCCCCGGCUUCAUGGCGUACAAGAUCGCCCACUUCUUCCACAUGGACUUCUGGCUCCUGAUCCUCGUCUCGAGCUGCAUGCUGACCUCGCUGCAGGUGAUGGGAACCCUCUUCAUCUAUGGCCUCUUCAUGGUAGAGCUCUUCCAGUGCGGCCCGGUGGAGAAGAUGGACGAGAUCAUCUACUACGUGAACGCCAUCAGCCGCGUGCUGGAGUUCCUGGUGGCCCUCUGCGUGGUGGCCUACGGCACCUGGGAGUCCGUCUUCGGGGAGUGGAGCUGGAUGGGGGCCUCGGUCAUCAUCAUCCACUGCUACUUCAACGUCUGGCUGAGGGCCCAGUCGGGCUGGAAGAGCUUCCUGCUCCGCCGAGAGGCCGCCAAGAAGAUCCGCCUGCUGCCGAGGGCCACGGCGGAGCAGCUGGAGGACCACAACGACGUGUGCGCCAUUUGCUUCCAGGAGAUGGCCUUUGCGGUGAUCAUGCAGUGCGGCCACUUCUUCCACGGGGGCUGCCUGCGGAAGUGGUUCUACGUGCAGGACACGUGUCCCCUCUGCCACCAGCCGGUCAAGCUCGCGGCCGGCGAGGAGAGUCGUUGGAGCCAAGGCAGGGCGCAAGGAGCAGACCCCGCACCGGAAGGGCAAGAGGCCCCCAGUCCCGAGGGCGGAGAAGGCCCCGCCCGCAGGAGUGCAGAAGUCAGGACCGCGGAGGCUGGUGAGCCCAGCCAUGCAGUUGGGCCAGACCCUCCAUUGACGGGACUGGCCAGGGAAGAGGCGGAGCUGUUCAGCAGUUCUGCAGCGUCCGUGGAGGGCGAUCCUGGCCCCAGCGGCACGCCCCAAGGAGAAGCAGGGGCCUGCUCCACCCCAGUGGAAGGUGGCCAAGCACCGGUUGAGCUGGAGCGCCCACCUUCUCCGGCCAGCCCCACGAAGCCACAUUCGGGAGACUUGCUCAGCAGGCCAGGGGAGCCCACAGCCCUGCAGCAGAGCACUCCUGGCGGUAGCGCUCCCCAAAGCGAGUUUGGGGUAUCCAACACACAUGGAACCGGCGGCCCUCAGCUCUCGGUUGCACCAGGAAUCCUAGCCGAAGGACACCUUCAGGAGCCUGCACCGAAUCCAGUUCCUGACAGCCCUUCUGCGGCAGCAGAGGGCAAAGUGGACGCCUUGGGUGGGAUCCAACCAGCAGCAGCCACCGACGGCGGCCUUGAGCCGUGGGCCAGCCCUGCCAACCAAGCUGAAGCCAGUGUGGAUUCUUGGGGGCCCUCCUCUCCUUCUUAGCACUCGGCCAUCAUUGCUGUCCGUCCCCCUCCAGGCCAAAAACAGUUCUAUCCCCCAGCUCUCCUUCCUGCUUCUAGGGGGGCAGACAGCCCUGGUUCGGCCAAGAGCAGCCUGCUUCCUGUCUCGCGAAGUGUGCUUUGCUUCGCACCCUGGUCUGGGGCUGGCGGGACUGAAACCGACCUCUCCGGAGCACCGGUGGGCCCUUGCUGCCCCUGAGGUUGCGUUUUAGGCAAACCCAUCCCACUUUUUUCUCCCUUUCCAUCGGAGAAGCAAGGUCUUCCCUCGGAACGCCGGCUGUCACCUUUAAAUGUUUGCUCUGGCCGCAACGUGGGCGCGUGCCGCUCUGUGGCAUGGAAGCGUCGCGUUUUCAAAAUGUUAACAUUCGCCACGGCUGAAGUGUUGUUCCAAAAUGGCAGCAGGGCACUGGCAACGCCCCCUGGGUGUCGGCGGGUGUCUGCUUUGCCCCUACUGGCCACCUGCAAACCUGAGCAGGUGCGUGAAACAGGAAGCCGUCUCUCCCAGCGAAGGAUCCUUGCAGUUUUCUCCCAUGUCGGCCGUGAGUGUCUGUUGAGGGCUCCCUGUGGGUGUUUGGGGCUUCUCAAAGCCUUUGUGGCGUUGAUGCACUUCUUCGCCAUCUGCCAGUUCUGCAUUCAGGUGAUUGGAAUGCAGAAUGAGCGCUUUUUCACCAGUGCGACCAUCCAGGGUCAGAGACUCUUGCUUGCGAACUCAAUAAAUUCAGCAAACGAA